UCCAAAUGGCUCAGCAGGCAGUUCUGCUGGACCAGGACCAGUUCUGUUGUUCUGUCUGUCUGGAUCUACUGAAGGAACCAAUCACCAUCCCCUGUGGACACAGUUACUGUAGGAGCUGUAUUGAGGGCUGCUGGGAUCAGGAUGUUCUGAAAGGCUAUAGCUGUCCUCAGUGCAGACAGACCUUCACUCCAAGGCCUGUUCUGAGGAAAAAUAACAUGUUGGCUGAGGUGGUGGAGAAACUGAAGAAGACAGGAAUCCAGGCUGCUCCCCCUCCUACUCUGUGCUAUGCUGAAUCUGUAGAUGUGGUGUGUGAUUUCUGCACUGGGACCAGAAAGCAGAAAGCCCUCAUGUCCUGUCUGGCAUGUCUGGCCUCUUACUGUGAUACUCACCUACAACCUCACUAUGAAUCUUCUGCUUUCAAGAAGCACAAGCUGGUCAAAGCCACCGCACAACUACAGGAGAAGAUCUGCUCUCAUCAUGACAAACUGCUGGAGGUUUACUGUCGUACCGAUCAGCAGUGUAUCUGUAUGCUGUGUACAAUGGAUGAACAUAAAGGCCAUGAUACAGUGUCAGCUGCAGCAGAGAGGACUGAGAAACAGAGGCAGCUGGGGAUGAGUCAGCAGAAGAUCCAGCAGAGAUUCCAGGAGAGAGAGAAGGAGCUGAAGGAGCUCCAACAGGCUGUGGAGUCUCUCAAGCACUCUGCACAGGCAGCAGUGGAGGACAGUGAUAAGAUCUUUACUGAGCUGAUCCGCUCCAUUGAGAGAAGGCGCUCUGAGGUGAAGGAGCUGAUCAGAGCCCAUGAGAAGGCUCAAGUGAGUCAAGCUGAAGGACUCCUGGAACAAGUGGAACAGGAGAUAGCUGAGCUGAAGAAGAGAAGCACUGAGCUGGAGCAGCUCUCACACACAGAGGAUCACAUCCAUUUCCUCCAGAGUUAUCCGUCUCUCUCCAGUAUCAGUGUAUCUUCAGACUUACCCAGCAUCGUUGUCCGUCCUCUUCAGUACUUUGGAGAUGUGAGUAAGACUGUGUCUGAACUGAGAGAGAAACUAGAAGACUUCGUUAAAGGAGAAUGGACCAAGAUCUCCACUACAGUGAAUAUAGUGGAUGUUGUACUGCCUCCAGAGCCCAAGACCAGAGAACAGUUGUUACAAUAUUCCUGUCAGCUCACACUGGACCUAAACACAGCACACACACACCUCUCUCUGUCUGCAGGGAACAGAAAGGUGACCUAUACAAGCCAAGUCCAACCAUAUCCUGACCAUCCAGACAGAUUCACAAAUGACUUGAUGGUGCUGUGUAGAGAGGGUCUGUCUGGACGCUGUUACUGGGAGGUGGAGUGGAGUGGACGGUGGGUUAUUAUAGCAGUCUCAUAUAAAGACAUCAGGAGAACAGGGAGAGGUAAUGCAUUUGGAUUGAAUGACAAGUCCUGGAGUUUACAGUGCUCUAGUGGUAGUUAUUGUUUCAGACACAAUCAUGUUGUGACUAAAGUAUCAGGCCCUCAGUCCUCCAGAGUAGGAGUGUACCUGGAUCACAAGGCAGGUACUCUGUCCUUCUACAGUGUCUCUGACACAAUGACCCUCCUCCACAGAGUCCAGACCACAUUCACUCAGCCCCUCUAUCCUGGGGUUUGGCUCAAUAGUGAUAAUGGUACUGCUGAGCUGGUUAAACUGUACUAGGGUCCACAUAGAUACUAGUCAUGCUGGUGUAGUCUAUAGCUGAGCUGGUUAAACUGUAGUAGGGUCCACAUAGAUACUAGUCAUGCUGGUGUAGUCUAUAGCUGAGCUGGUUAAACUGUAGUAGGGUCCACAUAGAUACUAGUCAUAUAAAUGGUUAAAAAAAAAAUGUUGAACCUUUAUUUAACUUGCCAAGUCAGUUAAGAACAUUUUUUUUUUUACAAUGACAGCCUACCCCGGCCAAACCCUAACCAGGAUGACGCUAGGCCAAUUGUGCGCAGCCCUAUGGUACUCCCAAUCAUGGCCGGUUGUGAUACAGCCUGGAAUCGAACCAGGGUCUGUAGUGACGCCUCUAGCACUGAGAUGCAGUGCCUUAGACUGCUGUGCCACUCGGGAGCCCCUAAAUGUUAGUAACCACUAACAUUACCACACUAAUGUUAGUGGUUGACUCAUUAGAAUAUCACACUGUAAUGUUAGUGGUUACUUCAUUAGAAUAUCACACUGUAAUGUUAGUGGUUGACUCAUUAGAAUAUCACACUGUAAUGUUAGUGGUUGACUCAUUAGAAUAUCACACUGUAAUGUUAGUGGUUGACUCAUUAGAAUAUCACACUGUAAUGUUAGUGGUUGACUCAUUAGAAUAUCACACUAAUGUUAGUGGUUGACUCAUUAGAAUAUCACACUGUAAUGUUAGUGGUUGACUCAUUAGAAUAUCACACUGUAAUGUUAGUGGUUGACUCAUUAGAAUAUCACACUAAUGUUAGUGGUUGACUCAUUAGAAUAUCACACUGUAAUGUUAGUGGUUGACUCAUUAGAAUAUCACACUGUAAUGUUAGUGGUUGACUCAUUAGAAUAUCACACUGUAAUGUUAGUGGUUGACUCAUUAGAAUAUCACACUGUAAUGUUAGUGGUUGACUCAUUAGAAUAUCACACUGUAAUGUUAGUGGUUGACUCAUUAGAAUAUCACACUGUAAUGUUAGUGGUUACUUCAUUAGAAUAUCACACUGUAAUGUUAGUGGUUGACUCAUUAGAAUAUCACACUGUAAUGCUAGUGGUUGACUCAUUAGAAUAUCACACUGUAAUGUUAGUGGUUGACUCAUUAGAAUAUCACACUGUAAUGUUAGUGGUUGACUCAUUAGAAUAUCACACUGUAAUGUUAGUGGUUACUUCAUUAGAAUAUCACACUGUAAUGUUAGUGGUUGACUCAUUAGAAUAUCAUACUGUAAUGUUAGUGGUUGACUCAUUAGAAUAUCACACUGUAAUGUUAGUGGUUGACUCAUUAGAAUAUCACACUGUAAUGUUAGUGGUUGACUCAUUAGAAUAUCACACUGUAAUGUUAGUGGUUGACUCAUUAGAAUAUCACACUGUAAUGUUAGUGGUUGACUCAUUAGAAUAUCACACUGUAAUGUUAGUGGUUACUUCAUUAGAAUAUCACACUGUAAUGUUAGUGGUUACUUCAUUAGAAUAUCACACGAAUGUUAGUGGUUGCCUCAUUAGAAUACAUUAGUGGUUGCCUCCCCACUUGUUCUUCUGUUGUGUUUUUCUCCUGUUUGUUGAUUGAAAAUCAAUCAACAAUUCAUAAUUAUAAAAUAAUAUUAUCUCCACCCACCCA